CUACCAGUUGAGUAUUGGACUCGGCAUGUGCAGGUCUCGCACGCCCAUUGCUUUCACUGAGACUUUGACGAGAUAUCAUAUAAGCUCACCAGUUCGAAAUCAAAUCCGAGAUGCUUCACCGGAGCUACCGAUUUUUUCACGAGCCUCAAUUGAGAUUACCGCUUUGCACUUCCUGGACACGGCGUUACUACCACUACCGCAAUCUGUCUCAAAGAGCAAUGUCUACCACCACUGCAGAUCUCCCAACCUACAAGCUCUACAGGAAUGUCGAAAAUAUCGACAGGUACUGUCCUGGAGGUUACCAUCCCAUUGAGGUUAAUGAUAAGCUGAAUCAGCGAUAUAUCAUAGUCGAUAAGCUGGGCAAGGGCGGUUAUUCUACUAUAUGGCUUGCCCGCGACCAGAAGCUCAAUAAAUACGUCGCCGUCAAAGUCGGCACGGCUGACCAAGUUUCCAAAGAGAGAGACGUUCUCCUCAAAUUGGCUGACAAUCCGACCAACGAAUUCUCUGGUCACCUCAUCACUCGAGUACUUGAUCAUUUCACACUUAAUGGGCCUAACGGCACACACCCUUGCAUUGUCACUGCACCGGCCAAAUGUAGCGUGGCCGAAUCGAUCAAGACUUCUAGAUACAACUCAUUCCGACUUGACGUAGCCAGGGCACUGUCUGCACAGCUCAUCAUGGCAACGGCAUACGUCCACCGGGCCGGCUUUGUUCACGGUGACAUUCAUCUAAGAAAUGUGUUGCUCCAAUUGCCUGGAUCUGAGAUCGACCACCUCUCCAUCCAACAGGUGUAUGAGAAAUACUAUAAGCCAGAGCCUUACCCCGUGGCUAGAACCGACGGUCAGCCGGUUACCUCAGCAUCAGUGCCAAAGAAAGUCUAUACGCCAAACUGGCUCGGCAAACCCAGCGACGAGGUUUUGCUGCCCGAAGCCAAGCUGUGGCUCGCCGAUUUUGGAACAGCCUUCAACCCGUUACAGGAAACCAGACUGAUGUCUUAUACGCACUUGCAAAACCGGCCACCAGAAGCUAAGUUUGAUCCCACGAAACCCCUCAUGUUCUCCUCUGAUAUAUGGAGCCUGGGACUUAUGGUAUGGGAGGUCAUGGGUGAUGGACCAUUUAUGAGCAGCUUUCUCUUCAAUUGGGAUGAGGUAAUUGCUGACCAGAUCGAUGCACUUGGCCCACUACCACAGGAAUGGUGGGAGAAGUGGGAGGCAAAGUUGAAUGAAUUUGAGGAAGACGGGCAGCCAAAAGGGAAAAGGGAAUUCUGGUCGCUUGAAAAGCGCUUUCACAUGAAUAUCCAGGAACCGAGAAUGGAAGAGGGCACGGAACACAUGGAUCAUGAUGAGAGUCACGCCUUUCUAGAUAUGAUCAAAGGGAUGCUACGCUUCAGACCAGAAGAACGGAUGACAGCUGAUCAGGUACUGCGAUCGGAGUGGAUGAGUAAGUGGGCUCUACCUCUUGCAGAGAAAGCUUGGGAGCGUAAACUCCUGGAUUAAAAGGGAUCUGACGAGGGAAACUCAUUAUGCGAUACUGAACUUGAAUGUUCCCAUGCGAUUGGGUUGAACUUUCGUCAUUGGUGAUAUAUAGAUCAGGGGAUAUAUGAUAUUUAGAUACCGUUGAUAGAAAUCAAGAAAUUCAUUCAGAUCGCAUCGGAACGA